AUGUUCUUGCUCACAUUUUCUAGGCACAAGACUCCAUCCUACUCGCCUGUCCGGCCUCCAGCGGUACCCCUUGCUGUUCGUAGUCCCUACACCAGCAUCUGGAUGUCUAAUGCCAAUAAUGGUACUCUCAAUACCAAUGGAGCUAUGUUCUGGCCCGGAACGCCUGCUGGCUGGGAAGGCAUCAUUGUCGUAGAUAAGGUUGCUUACGAGUAUAUGGGCACUGGAUUACAAUCUCUUCCGCAACUUGCUAAUGUCAAGGCUGCUUCCCAACUCGCUGUCUCUUUCGAUUCUCAAUACUCGAACUUUACCAUCCGUGCCGGUCCUGUCGAUCUUGUCGCCAGCUUCUUGAGUCCCGUCAUACCGCAGGACCUCUGCCGGACCAGUAUCCCACUCAGCUAUCUUCAAGUCAGCUUCCACAGCACGGACAACCAAUCUCAUGACGUCCAGCUAUAUAGCGAUGUCAACGCAGGCUGGAUUUCACCCGAGACUAACACGACCGUAAACUGGAAUCUGUUCGAAGGCGCUUCAGCUGUCAAUGGAAGUGGUAAUGCCACUGGUAGUCCGUCGACUGUCUACAGCUGGGUACUCUCGCAGGAGAACCAGUACGAGUUUGGAGAAGAGCAAGAUUUCCCUCAAUGGGGCAAUUUCACCUACUCUUCGAGCCCUGGAUACUCUCGAAACUUCAGCUUCCAGAGCGGCCACUCACUCGAUCUCCGGUACAACUACGUCGCAAGCCUCGAGCUCUCCAAUGUGGUGGAUUCUAAUUACCGCGGCGCCCAAAGCAAAGAACCAGUCUUCGCAUUCGUGCAUGACUUUGGUCUAGCGACUUCGGGAGACGCCCUGUAUACUAUUGGGACAGUGCAACAGAAUGUAAUCAGGUUUCUGACAUCCGAGGGACUUGUCCCUCUACAACCCUGGUGGACAGAGUGUUACGGCGAUGAUUUGUUCGACCUCAUCGAGUUUCACUACAACGACUUUGCGACCAGCCAAGCGAAGGGGGCCAGUUUCGAGACUCGACUCAAAGCAGACUCUGAGAAUUAUUAUGCCAUUGUGGCUUUGAGCGCCCGUCAGAUCAUGGCAGCAUAUGUUCUUACCGUUCCGCCGAAUCUCCGCUGCAGUAACUCUUCCUCGAUCACACAGGGCGAACCACUCAUGUUCCAGAAGGAGAUAUCGAGUAACGGCAACAUGAACACGGUGGAUGUCAUUUUUCCUGCAUUGCCCUUCUACCUUUACGCCAACCCCGAGAUGCUCAAAUUCGUCUUGAACCCAUUGUUUUAUAAUCAAGAAAGUGGAUUCUAUCCUAAUGGCUACAGCAUGCACGACCUAGGAACUCAUUUUCCUAAUGCUACUGGCCAUGUGGAAGGCAAUGACGAAUAUAUGCCUGUUGAGGAAAGUGGCAACAUGCUUUUGAUGGCCUAUGCUUAUUUCAAGUUCACUGGCGAUACAAGCUUCCUCUCUGAGCAUUACGCCAAAUAUCGACAAUGGGCAACUUACGUGACUGAGUACUCCCUUGUGCCAGAGGCUCAGCUGAGCACUGAUGACUUUGCGGGAACGCUUGCCAAUCAGACCAACCUAGCGAUCAAAGGUAUCGUGGGACUCAAAGCAAUGUCUUUCAUCUCCGAAGCUUUGGGCGAUCUUCAAUCUGCAGCCAACUACUCAUCGACGGCGUCUUCCUAUUACACUCAGUGGGAACAGCUCGCCAUUGAUCCAAGCGGGACUCACACCAUGCUCGCCUACCAGAGCCGUGGAUCCUUUGGUCUGCUUUACAACACGUAUCCCGAUAAGCUUUUGAAUCUCGGCAUCAUACCCAAGCGUCUAUACGAUAUGCAGAGUCGCUGGUAUCCAACUAUUUCUCAAGCCUUUGGUGUUCAACUCGACAGUCGGCAUACAUACACUAAGUCCGACUGGGAGAUGUGGACUGCAUCUACUUGUUCUCCAAGCACUCGCCGACUGUUUGUAAACGCGCUUGCAUACUGGCUCAACAACACCAGCACACGACUCGCCUUCGGUGAUCUUUUCGAGACUGUUGGCACAGGAGCUUACCCUGACGGAGUGACAUUCAUUGCAAGGCCCGUCGCCGGUGGCCAUUACAGCUUGUUAGCACUUCUCAAGACCGGUCAAAACAGUCAGACCGGCACCUCGCCUGGUGGCUUCCCACAAAACAGUACUCAGGCAUUGACCGAGUGGAGAGCAGGCUAUUUGAACAUUUCGGCCUCAAGCACUCCAGGGUCAACGACAAGGACAGCUACAGUUCCAACAGUUCCAGCGCCGUCAAGUGGCUUCUUCAACAACUCCACUACCUCGCGUGCUGGGCACAGGUGA